GUUUCCUCUCCUUCAGGGAGAUGGCCUUGGCAAGAAUUUUAUUUUUUUAGCUGCCUUUUUUUAGUCCCAAGUGAAAUACCAUGUAAGAGUUUCCAGAAGUAGCCCAAAGAAGAAAAAUGAAGAAGCAUGGCUCUGCAAAACCUAAGCCACAGCAGAGGUCUCUGGAAGGUAGGAGAGAAACUCAUCACACCCAGGUUGGCUCUCUGGGCAGUCUGCAGAUGAGUCCAUCUCCAGAAGAAACUACAAGACCAAAUGAGGAAGCACAAUCAUCCUGGGACCUCGCAUUGCAUGAACAUCUGAGUACAGUGGACUUUCUUCCAUCACAGCAGGGUAACUCAGAAGUGGAGGAGGACUUACUAAGGGAUUCCUUUGGGAGGCUUCAGGUCUCCUCCAGAGCUGCAAGUGAUGCUGACCAAUGGCCUGGAGGACAAUGGGCAGCCGAAAGCAUGCCAGGUGUCAGUGGAGAAUCUCCUGGAGCCCAAAGAAGUUCCACUUCAUCUGGGAUAGAAGGCACUGUAGAGUAUGUCCCCAUUUUGGUUGAGCUGUCUGAGCCAAAGGUGCAAGAGCUGUUGGAAGGGAUGUCAUUUGAUUCUCUCUUCUCGCAUCUGAAUCCCUUAUAUUCCUUGGAGAUGGAAAUCAAGCCAAAAGGAGAUGGAGAGGCCAGCUUGAAUGACCAAACAACAGAGCAGGAAAAGCAUGACUCAGCAGAACCUCAGCAAAAGCCACAGGAGAGGUUGCUGGAAGUUGGGAGAGAGACUCCUCAUACCCAGUUGGAGAAGCAUGACUCAGAAGAACCUCAGCAAAAGCCACAGGAGAGGUUGCUGGAAGUUGGGAGAGAGACUCCUCAUACCCAGUUGGAGAAACAUGACUCAGAAGAACCUCAGCAAAAGCCACAGGAGAGGUUGCUGGAAGUUGGGAGAGAGACUCCUCAUACCCAGUUGGAGAAGCAUGACUCAGCAGAGCCUCAGCAAAAGCCACAGGAGAGGUUGCUGGAAGUUGGGAGAGAGACUCCUCAUACCCAGUUGGAGAAGCAUGACUCAGAAGAACCUCAGCAAAAGCCACAGGAGAGGUUGCUGGAAGUUGGGAGAGAGACUCCUCAUACCCAGUUGGAGAAGCAUGACUCAGAAGAACCUCAGCAAAAGCUACAGGAGAGGUUGCUGGAAGUUGGGAGAGAGACUCCUCAUACCCAGUUGGAGAAGCAUGACUCAGCAGAGCCUCAGCAAAGGCCACAGGAGAGAUUGCUGGAAGUUGGGAGAGAGACUCCUCAUACCCAGUUGGAGAAGCAUGACUCAGCAGAGCCUCAGCAAAAGCCACAUGAGAGGUUGAUGGAAGUUGUGAAAGAGACUCCUCAUACCCAGUUGGAGAAGCAUAACUCAGAAGAACCUCAGCAAAAGCCACAGGAGAGGUCGAUGGAAGUUGGGAGAGAAACUCCUCAUACCCAGUUUGAGAAGCAUGACUCACCAAAGCCACAGGAAAGCUUGCUGGAAGUUGGGAGAGAGACUCUUCAUACCCAGUUGGAAAAGCGUGACUCAGCAGAACCUCAGCAAAAGCCACAGGAGAGGUCACUGGAAGUUGAGAGAGAGACUCCUCAUACCAGGUUGGAAAAGAAAGACUCAGCAGAACCUCAGCAGAAGCCACAGAGGAGGUCACUGGAAGCUGGGAGAGAGACUCCUCAUACUGGAUUGGAGAAGAAUGACUCAGCAGAACCUCAGCAAAAGCCACAGGAGAGGUCGCUGGAAGUUGGGAGAGAGACUCCUCAUACCAGGUUGGAGAAGAAAGACUCAGCAGAAUCUCAGGAGAAGCCGCAGAGGAGGUCACUGGAAGCUAGGAGAGAGACUCCUCAUACCGGGUUGGUGAAGCGUGACUCAGCAGAACCUCAGCUGAAGCCACAGAGAAGGCCGUUGGGAGCUGGGAGAGAGAUUUCUAAUACCAGGUUGGGGAAGCGUGACUCAUUAGAACCUCAGGAGAAGCCACAGAGGAGGUCACUGGAAGCUGAGGGAGAGACUCCUCAUACCACACUGAAGAAGCAAGACUCAGCAGAACUUCAGCAGAAGCCACGGAGGAGGUUGCUGGAAAGUGGAAGAGGGACUCUUUAUAGCAAGUUGGAGAGGCAUGACUCAGCAGAACAUCAGCAGACGCCACGGUGGAGGUCGCAGGAAGCUGGGAGAGAGACUCCUCAUACCGGAUUGGUGAAGCGUGACUCAGUAGAACCUCAGCAGGAGCCGCAGAGAAGGCUGUUGGAAGCUGGGAGAGAGAUUCCUCAUACCAGGCUGGAGAAGCAAGUCUCAGCAGAACCUCAGCAGAAGCCAGAAAGUUCGUCGCUGGAAGUUGGGAGAGGGACUCCUCAUACCGGAUUGGUGAAGCGUGACUCAGUAGAACCUCAGCAGAAAUCACAGAGGAGUUUGCUGGAAGUUGGGAGAGAGACUCCUCAUACUGCAUUGGCGCAGCAUGACUCAGUUGUACCUCAGCAGAAGCCACAGAGAAGGCCGUUGGAAGCUGGGAGAGAGAUUCCUCUUACCAGGUUGGAGAAGCAAGAUUCUGCAGAACCUCAGCAUAAGCCACAGAGGAGGUCACUGGAAGCUGAGAGAGAGACUCCUCAUACUGGAUUGGUGAAGCGUAACUCAGUAGAACCACAGCAGAAAUCACAGAGGAGGUCGCUGGAAGUUGGGAGAGAGAUUCCUCAUACUGCAUUGGCGAAGUGUGACUCAGUUGUACCUCAGCAGAAGCCACAGAGAAGGUCGUUGGAUGCUGGGAGAGAGAUUCCUCUUACCAGGUUGGAGAAGCAAGAUUCAGCAGAACCUCAGCAUAAGCCACAGAGAAGGUUACUGGAAGCUGAGAGAGAGACUCCUCAUACCGAAUUGGUGAAGUGUGACUCAGUAGUAUUUCAGGAGAAAUCACAGAGAAGGCCGUUGGAAGCUGGGAGAGAGACUCCUCGUACUGCAUUGGCGAAGUGUGACUCAGUUGUACCUCAGCAGAAGCCACAGAGGAGGUCACUAGAAGCUGGGAGAGACACUCUUCAUACCGGAUUGGUGAAGUGUGACUCAGUAGAACCUCAGGAGAAGCCACGGAGGAGGUCGCUGGAAAGCUGGAGAGGGACUCUUCAUACCAAGUUGGAGAGGCAUGACUCAGCAGAACAUCAGCAGAUGCCACGGUGGAGGUCGCAAGAAUUCGAGAGAGAGACUCCUCAUACCGGGUUGGUAAAGCAUGACUCGGCAGAACCUCAGCAGAAGCCAUGGAGGAGGUCUCUGGAACUUGGGAGAGAGACUCUUCAUAUCAGAUUGGAGAAGCAAGACUCAGUAGAACCUCAGCAGAAGUCAUGGAGGAGGUCGCUGGAACUUGGGAGAGAGACUCUUCAUAUCAGAUUGGAGAAACAAGACUCAGUAGAACCUCAGCAGAAGCCAUGGUGGAGGUCGCUGGAAGUUGAGAGAGAGACUCUUCAUAUCAGGUUGGAGAAGCAAGACUCAGUGGAAUCUCAGCAGAAGCCAUGGAGGAGGUCACUGGAACUUGGGGGAGAGACUCUUCAUACCAAGUUGAAGAAACGUGACUCAUCAGAACCUCAGCAGAUGCCACAGAGGAGGCCGCUGGAAGGUGGGAGAGGGACUCUUCAUACCAAAUGGGAGAGACAUGACUCAGCAGAGCCCCAGCAGAUGCCACGGAGGAGGUCACUGGAAGGUGGGGGAGGGACUCUUCAUACCAAAUGGGAGAGGCAUGACUCCGCAGAGCCUCAGAAGUUACCACGGAGGAGGUCGCUGGAGAGUGGAAGAGAGACUCUUCAUGCUAAAUUGGAGAAGCAUGACUCAGCAGAACCUCAGCAGAAGCCAUGGGGGAGGUUUCUGGAAGCUGGAAGAGAGACUGAGGUUCAGACUGAGGUUGGAUAUCCGGGCAAGCUGCAGAAGAGUCCAUCUCCACGAAAAAUAAGAAGACCAAAUGAGGAUCCACAGUCAUCCCGGGGGAUCUCAUUGCAGGAAUUUCCCCAAGCAAAGCAGGAUAAUUCACAAGUGGUGCAGGAUUGCUUUGAAGGUUUUCAGCUUGGAGGACAAUCUGCGACUGAAAGCAUGCCAAGUGUCAGUGGAGAAGCUCCAGGGGCCGGAAGAAGAUUUUCCUCCUCUGGGAUGGAUGACAUUGCAGAGCAUUUCCCCAUCUUGGUUGAGCAGUCUCAGCCACAGGGGAGGUUACUGGAAGUUGGAAGAGAGACUCUUCAGACCGAGGUUGGAUAUCCGGGCAAUCUGCGGAAGAGUCCAUCUCCACAAAAAAUAAGAAGACCAAAUGAAGAUCCACAGCCAUCCUGGGGGAUCUCAUUGCAGGAAUUUCCCCAAGCAAAGCAGGAUAACUCACAAGUGGUGCAGGAUUGCUUUGAAGGUUUUCAGUCUGGAGGACAAUCAGCAACUGAAAGCAUGCCAGGUGUCAGUGGAGAAGCUCCUGGAGCCCAAAGAUUUGCCUCAUCUGGGAUGGAAGAUAUUGCAGAGCAUUUCCCCGUCUUGGUUGAGCAGUCUCAGCCACAGGUGCCAGUGCUCUUGGAAGAAGGAUUGCAGAAUAUGAAGGUCAUGGCAAAGGGGGAUGGAAAGGCUGGCUUGAAUGCCCAAACAAAGAAAAUACAGAAGCAUGACUCAGCAGAACCAGAACAAGAGGAGAAGCUGCGUGAAGGUGGGAAAGAUCCUUAUAAUUUCUAUUUUGGUACUUAUUGGGGUGAACAGUUGUGGUCACCUCUCCAAAUGACAGAAGGACCAAAUGAGGAAGUACAAGAACCUUGGUGGACGAACCUGCUGGAAAAGAUGGGUGAAUUCUGGGCUUCCCAAACAGGUGUUGGUUCAGUAGGUGAUGGUGAGGAGGACAAUCUUUCCUUGAGAAGACCUGAGCAGAGCAGUCAAACUCAAGCAUCUCCACGUGGAGAAGAAGUGAUGACUUUUGAUACAGCCAAGGUAGAAGAAGCACCUGGAAUUCAGCAGAGUCUUGAAAUCUGUGCCCAGCUUGAUCCCGCAAGAAGAGAUUCUUUCAUAGCUGACAAGUAUGCAUCUGAAACAACCUCCUGUGUGAGAGAAACGGGGAACGCAGAAUGUGGUGAAAGCUCCAGACAGAGUUCUGACCAUCUCAAGAGCCAGCAAAUAAUGAACAUAUGCUCAGAAUGUGGGAAAAUUUGCCGGACCAAGUCUGGCCUUACAAAACACAAACAAGUCCACAAAGAAAAAAAGCUACAUCCAUGAUCAGUGUGUGGGAAAAUUUUCAAGACCAGUGCCAGACUUUUAGCUCAUAAAUGAAGCCACACGAGAGAGAAACCAUACAAAUACUUAGAAUGUGGGGAAAGUUACAGUACCAGUUCCACCCUUACAAAACACAACCAAUUCCACUCAAAAGAGAAACCAAAGAUAUGCUCAGUAUGUGGGAGAAGACGCAGUAGCAGUUCCAUCCUUUUAGCUCAUGAACAUACCAAUACAGGAGAGAAACCAUCUGAAUGCUCAGAGUGUGGGGAAAGUUUUAGGACCAGAUCCAACUUUUUAGUUCAUAAACAAGACCACACAACAGUGAAGCUUAGUGUGUGGGGAAAGUUUUAUUGGCUGUUCCUCCUUUUCAGAACACAAGUGAUCACAUACAGAAGAGAAGCCAUAUAAAUGCACAGUAUGUGGGAGAGGUUUCAGUACCAGUUCCUACCUUUCAAGACACAAAUGAUUGCACACAGGAGAGAAGCCAUACAAAUACCCAGAGUGUGGAGAAUAUUUUAAUGAUAGUUCCAUGCUUUCAAGACACAAUCACACACCGCAGAGAAGCCACAUAGAAGAGAAGCUUAUAGUGUGGCGAAAACUACUGCAGUCUUAAGAAACAUAAAAAGAAGUCAUAUAAAGGAGUGACUUUGAGUGAUCUUGUGUAUGGGAAUUUGCUCUGUAAACACCAGUUGAGUAAAAUUGUCCACUUGUAGCUUUCAGAUUUCAUUUGUGAGUUGGGAGUUGUUCAUUUGUAACGGGAAAGGGUUCUAUAACUGUGCCUCUCACCUCAUUUGUUUCUUUCACCUGGUUUUGCAAGCCUGAAUCUCCUUGUAAUGCAAAAGCUAAGUAGUGGGACCCAAUAAAGAACUGGGUCAUGCCUUGCUCUUCAUUGGAGAAAACCAUACAAGAAAGACUCUUGGUGUCCUGGUUGGGGUGGAGCUCUCAGAAUAUUGGUCAGUGAAUCUGAAUUUCCUUACUGAAUUAGGUUCAGUCUUUUAACUAGUCUUUUAAACUAUGUUUUUAAACAUAAAUGAUCAUGCAUUGUCAGAUUCUUUUAAGAGGGUUGUUACCUUAUUAAUGUAUUUGCUAUAUAGACAUCGAGUCUUCAUUACACAUUCUGGUUCCGGGUUGUCACGCUAUAUGCUGUUUUCUAUUAAACACAGUGGGAAGUAGUGUGUUGUGUUAUGGUGGUUGACUGAAGGGAGAUACUGUUUUUUUUUUAAAUAUGAAAUAAUUAUUGUAAAUUUUGAGAAGUUGUUUUUGGGGAUUUUUUUUUUUGGUGUGCAUUGGAGGUGGCUAUGGAUUUUCCUUUUGGCAGAGUUGAGAUGAGUGUUCUAGUUGCUUUUACAAGAAAGACUCCUGGUGUUCUAGUUGGGGUAGAACUCUCAGGACAUUGGUCUGUAAAUCUGAAUUUCCUUACUGAAUUCGGUUCAGUCUUCUAACUAGUCUUUUAAACGAUGCCUUUUUUUCAUAAAUGAUCAUGCAUUGUCAGAUCUUUUUAAGAGGGUUGUUACCUUAUUAAUGUAUUUGCUAUGCAGACCACGAGUAUUCGUUACAUUUUCUGGUUCCAGGUUGUUACAGUAUAUGCUGUUUUGUAUGAAGCAUAAUGGGAACUAGUAUAUAAUGUCAAGGUGGCAGACUGAGUGGAGCUGCUGAGGUUUUUAAACAUGAAAUAAAUAUUAUAAAAUUU